AUGGCAUUUAACGCGUUUUUAUUUCUUGGUUUCUUCGCUCUUGUUAGCGCAUUACCAUCGGUUACUUUUGCAGAAGCUGUUGCACCCACUCUUGAUGUUUCUUCCCUGAAUCGAAGCUAUUUCCCCGCGGGUUUCAUUUUUGGGACAGCAUCCUCGGCGUACCAGUACGAAGGUGCGGCAAAUGAAGAUGGCAGAGGAGCAAGUAUAUGGGAUACCUUCACACAUAAAUAUCCAGAUAAGAUAGAGGAUAGAAGCAAUGGAGACGUGGCAAUAGAUGAAUAUCACCACUACAAGGAAGAUGUUGGGAUCAUGAAGGAUAUGAAUGUGGAUGCUUACAGAUUCUCCAUCUCUUGGUCUAGAAUACUCCCAAAAGGAAAGCUUAGCGGAGGUAUAAACCAAGAAGGAGUCAAAUAUUACAACAAUCUCAUUAACGAGCUGUUGGCUAACGGUUUACAACCAUUUGUGACUCUUUUUCAUUGGGAUCUUCCCCAAACUUUGGAAGAUGAGUAUGGUGGCUUCUUAAGCCCUCGCAUUGUAAAUGAUUUUCGAGAUUAUGCGGAGCUUUGUUUCAAGGAAUUUGGAGACAGGGUGAAGCAUUGGAUUACUUUGAAUGAGCCAUGGUCUUACAGCAUGGGUGGCUAUGCAACCGGGAUGCUUGCACCAGGUCGAUGUUCUCAAUGGCUGAAUCUAAACUGCACUGGUGGUGAUUCAGGGAAAGAGCCGUACUUGGUUUCACACUACCAACUUCUUGCUCAUGCUGCAGCUGUGCAACUGUACAAGAAGAAGUACCAGGCAUCUCAAAAGGGUGUAAUAGGCAUAACCUUGGUGUCUCACUGGUUCGUGCCGUUUUCAAAUAACGAACUUGAUCAAAACGCUGCAGCGCGAGCAGUUGACUUCAUGUUUGGAUGGUUUAUGGGACCACUAACAACAGGAAACUAUCCGCAAAGUAUGCGUUCCCGGGUUGGAAGCCGAUUGCCAAAGUUCUCUAAAAAGCAAGCCAAGCUACUCAAUGGUUCAUUUGAUUUUCUUGGACUUAACUAUUACACCACUAACUAUGCUGCCAAUGCACCUCAACUAAGCAAUGCCAGACCCAAUUACCUUACAGAUUCUCUUGUCAAUCUUACAACUGAGCGCAACGGGAAUCCAAUAGGUCCAAGGGCAGCUUCAAAGUGGUUAUAUGUUUAUCCUAAAGGAAUUCGAGAACUUUUGCUCUACACUAAGGAAAAGUACAACAACCCCUUGAUUUACAUCACUGAAAAUGGUAUUGAUGAGUUCAAUGAUCCAACACUAUCUCUCCAGGAAGCCCUUAUAGAUACUUUUAGAAUUGACUAUUAUUAUCGUCAUCUCUUUUAUCUUCAAUCUGCAAUUAGGGAUGGUGUAAAUGUAAAAGGAUAUUUUGCAUGGUCAUUGCUGGACAAUUUUGAAUGGGCUUCAGGUUAUACAGUGCGGUUUGGAAUCAACUUUGUGGAUUACAAAAAUGGUUUAAAGAGACACCAGAAGCUCUCUGCUAAGUGGUUCAAGAAUUUUCUUAAAAGAUAUUAA